UAAUCAUCUUUUGCUGAUUAACUAAUUCCUCUCGAAGAUCAAAAAUUGUAAUUAUAACACAAUUAACUAUCUUCAUCCACAUUUGACAUUUAAAUUAAUUGCUAACAAUUAAUGCAUAUUAAUUAUACUAAAAGACUUGAAAGCACUGAAAAACUUUCGUCUAAUUACAAUUAACUGAUUACGUCGAUUUCUAAUGAACUGAAUUAUCAACAAGAUUAAUUAAUUCCAAUCCAAUCAACUUAUUAAAAGAAACAAGAAUUAGUUAUAAGUUAAGUUAACCAGUGUAAAUAUCCAUAAGUUAUUAGUUAAUUGUUUCUACUCAUUGGUUACUCUUAAUUGUUGAGACAAAAUGGUUAAUCGUAAAAUCAGUGGAUCAAGUGAGUUCCAAGCGACAACAAAAUUAGACGCUGCAGCAGUUUUAUCAUCUGAAUUAAUUAAGUUAAUUGGUUCGGUUGAUCCAUCGGAACGGCGACAAGUUGAAUGUGACCUGCAAAGUUUUAAAUUGUUAUUCGGUCAAUACAUUGAGGAGACUCAUUCGUCGGUAUCAAUUAACUGGGAUCUAAUUGAGUCCCCACCUCCUGAGGCCAUUGUCGAUUAUGAUGAAUUGACCUCACCCACAGUCGAUACUAUUGCGUCUUAUUUGUCCAAAUUGGUAGUGGUCAAGUUGAACGGUGGCCUGGGAACCUCGAUGGGCUGUGUUGGUCCGAAAAGUUUAAUCGACGUGAGAAAUGGACUGACCUUUCUCGAUUUAACCGUUCAAAGUAUCGAGCGAUUGAAUAAAAGGUAUAAUGUUGACGUUCCAUUGGUACUAAUGAAUUCGUUCAACACCGAUGAUGACACAGAAAAAGUAGUUCGAAAAUAUCGAGGGUUUAAGGUUCGAAUUUACACUUUUCUACAAAGUCGAUUCCCUCGGUUGAACAAAGAGACACUUUUACCUGUGGCCACGACCAUUGACGGAGACAAUGAAGACUGGUACCCACCAGGUCAUGGGGAUUUCUAUCAAUCGUUCGCGAAAUCUGGACUCUUAUCGAAUUUUCUUUCACAAGGUAAGGAAUAUGUUUUCGUAUCAAACAUUGAUAAUCUUGGAGCGACGGUGGACAUUAAUAUAUUGAAGUAUUUACUGGACACUCCGAAUGAACAUCGACCUGGUUUCGUUAUGGAAGUGACUGAGAAAAGUGCCGCCGAUGUUAAAGGAGGAACACUAAUUAAGUACGAUGGUAAAUUACGACUUCUUGAAAUUGCUCAGGUUCCAAAAGCUCAUGUUGAUGAGUUUAAAUCGGUGAAAAAGUUUAAAAUUUUCAACACCAACAAUUUGUGGAUGUGUUUAAGGUCAAUCGAUAAGUUAAUUACGACCCACGGAAUCCAUAUGGAGAUCAUUGCCAAUCCGAAACAUUUGGACAAUGGUCUGAAUGUUAUUCAAUUGGAAACUGCAGCGGGUGCGGCGAUGAAAAACUUUCAAAAUGCUAUUGGACUUAAGGUACCAAGAAGCCGAUUCCUUCCGGUCAAGAAGACACAAGAUCUGCUCUUGGUCAUGUCCAACUUGUAUUCCCUUGAACAAGGUUCAUUGGUACUAAAUCCCGCUCGAUCCAUCCCCUUGGCUCCACUCGUUAAAUUGGGCGACGAUCAGUUUGCUAAAGUUCGUGAUUUUCUUACCCGAUUCAAAUCAAUUCCCGAUAUACUUGAACUUAAUCAUCUAACUGUUUCCGGUGAUGUCACUUUCGGCUCAAAUGUGACCUUAAAAGGAACCGUUAUUAUAAUUGCCAAUCAUGGGGAUAGAAUCGACAUUCCCUCAGGCUCUGUUCUGGAAAAUAAAAUUAUCUCUGGCAAUUUAAGGAUUUUAGAUCAUUGAUUUGAUUUAGAUCUUAAUUGUUAACCAUAAAAGUUACUUUAAUUUCCAAUCAGAAUUUUAUUGAAAUCAAGUCUUUUAAUAAAUCAAAACAAGAUUAAAGGUUAAAUUGUUUUUCAUCUGA